AUGGGCCGAGUAACUGGAUUCCUCGGGAUGUCAAACGUACUGCAGGAAGACUACCGACCCGAUGGAUUGAACAAUCUUGAAUCGGUCGAUGUAUCCUUUAGUGGGUUGCUUCGAGGACAUCUGGUUGAGCGGCUCUUAUCAUCAUGUGAUAGUCUUGUAACUCUGAAGAUGGACGGCUGUGAUCUGAGUUGUGUUUACUUCACGUCUACAUGGUUGCCAAAUCUUCGUGAGUUGUCACUGGUUGGCUGUCAAAUUACCGACUUCGAUUCUUUAAUCGAAUGGGUCAGCAUGGGAUGUGUGCAGCUGCUUGACCUUUCCGCUACCGACAUCACGAUAGAUCACGUGCGGACGCUUAUCGACGCACGACUAAUGUGCCCACCAAUGGUUAUCCGCUUAGUCAGGAGUAUUAUAUUAGCAGUCAACAUACUUGAUUGUCCUUUUGUACGAGUUUCAGAAAGCAGUACGUUUGGUUUGACUACGGCAGGUUCAGGGAUCGAUUUUAAGUUAUGGUGUCCAUUUAUUGCUAUGGAACCGAACCGAAAUCUCUUGGAUUUGGGAGCUGUACUAAGACACAUUUUGAUGUCUGCAUGA